CGGCAAGGAGAAGGAGACGAACAAGAACAAGGAAUGGAGAGAAGAGGAUCCCAGCUCGAUCUACCGGGUUUCCGGUUCUAUCCGACGGAGGAGGAGCUCUUGGAUUUCUAUCUCAGACGAGUUGUUCUUGGCCAGAAGCUUCACUUUGAUGUGAUCGGCAGUCUCAACAUCUACCGCCAUGAUCCAUGGGAACUCCCAGGGCUGGCCAAGAUAGGGGAGCGAGAGUGGUACUUCUUCGUGCCGAGGGACCGGAAGAGCGGCAGCGGCGGGCGGCCGAACCGGACGACGGAGAGGGGGUUCUGGAAAGCGACGGGGUCCGACCGGCAGAUACGGAAGGCGGCAGAGCCGGGGCGGGUCAUCGGGGUGAAGAAGACGCUGGUGUUCUACCGGGGCCGCGCCCCGCGGGGGACCAAGACCGACUGGAUCAUGAACGAGUACCGGCUGCCGGAGGCGAAUUCCGCCUCCUCCGCCAUGCCGCUCAAGGAGGACGUCGUCUUGUGCAAGGUGUACAGGAAGGCAACGUCGCUGAAGGAGUUGGAGCAGAGGGCCGCCAAGGAAGAGGAUGCCAAGGCAUCACAAGGCUACAUUUCCAUGGCCGCCGACAGCGCAUCCAACUCCGAUCAAGAGAACUACCAGAGUCGAUCGGCUCCAAUGGACUGCGGUGUGAAGGAGAUGAAGCAGGAGGUUAUCCGGCCGGUGAACCUUCCGGAGCUUCAGGUUCCGAUGUCCGGCACGGAGUGGAUGCAGGACCCCUUCUUGGCACAGUUGCGCAGCCCAUGGCUGGACCAGUGGUCUCCAUAUGCCAACAUCCUUCACUUCUAACUGAGCCAUGAGCCAUGAACCUCCAUGGCUGGUUGAUCUGAUACAUGAAUCCUUCCCGACUGACCUAUAGAACGUGAUAGUUCGAGUGUUUUAUCCAAAAUUGAGACUUGUAUUUGAUAAGAUGAAAUAUCGUCUCUGCUUCUUCUCAAGAUGAGGCCUUGGGAUCAGCAUCAUUAUUGAUGUAGCUAGUGAUCUCCACCUGCAUGUUGUGGCUCCUGUGAUGUUGUUAGAGGAAGCUAUUGACAGUAUCAGAGAGAGCAGAUGCAGUAAAACAGCAGCUUACACUAUA